UGAGUUUGUCCUUUGAUUUCGCGCGACGGACAACUUCAGUGACUUCCAAUGUCUGCUCUACAAACCGUCAAACGGUUUCGAAUACGGGAGCUGGGAGCCGUCACUCUACCAACUACCGCUCUCGUGAAGUCUAUACCUAAAACCAAAUUAUCACCUAGCUCAGCAUCCUCGUCGCGCAACAAGGUUCCAGUUGCUAGCAUAGAGAACCCAUUCAUUCCGAAGCUCAAUCCAAAGACAGGCAGAUGGGCGCCGCCAAAGUACUCUCUGCGCCACCAGGCUUUGCUUGUCAAGAAAGCUCGUGAAUCUGGCACGCUCGCGCUUCUGCCUCCUGGUCCUAAAAUUUCGGUAGCAGAAAUUGCUGCUGCUAUUUCUGCGCAGGCCCUUAUUCCAGAGCCUUCAGCAUCAGAGACACCCAAAGUUCAAAGUGCUGCCGCACCGUGGGCGCGUCCAAUAGAAUGGACAGGUGAGGUGAAGGAGAAGAAAGUUCUUGGUGCGGAGGUUGGAAACAGAUUGUAUGCAGGGAAGAAGCGGAUGUUCAAGGGGCACAAGUGGCAGCGCAUUGCAGAGAAGAGGGAAAAACAAAGGGCGUUGCUCAUGCGCAGUAUGCCGAAGCGUAUCAAAGAGUUCAAGCAGUAUUACAAGAGGCGACGUCCAAAUCCUCUCAAACCUCCCCGCACCGCUAAGAAUGCGAAACUUCCGUUCUAGGAUUUGCUAUCUACUUACCAGAGUUGUUUGUCUUGCCUCGUCCUAUAUACGUGCUGGACGCACUCGUGACACAAGGAAGGAGUGAUCGAAAAUCUCCUGAUGAUAAAGAUUCAGCCAGAUUGCACUCAAGCAACUUAUGAUCCCGUGGCAGUGACAAUAUGCCAGGAGCGCAUCCUGUGCCCAAGACUGCCCAGUGUAAUAUUGAGCAGCUACCGCCUUUUGAUAUAAGUCUUGCCAAAUAAUGCGCAUUGCGUAAACUAAGUUAGUACUAAAUAAGGUUCGAGCGCG